GAGAGCUAAGCUAAGGGGCAGAGCAGAGAGCAGGCAGCAGGCAGCAGGCAGCAUUGCCUUUCUCCAGUUCCGGCGGUCAACAAUGGUGAUGAAGGAGAGAGAGGAAGAGCUCGCUCUGUUUCUCGAAUUGCGAAGACGCGAGAAGGAGAAGAACAAUCACCUCAUCCUGCUUCAGAGCUCCGAUGACCUCGAUGCUUCUUUAGGAUCGAAAGCCGGUGGUUCUCCGGCGUCGAAGAUUGUAUCGUCUCUGCCGGUACAGAAGACUGCUGCUGAUAAAUUCCUGAAUUCUGAGAAUGAAAAGUCUGAUUACGAUUGGCUUCUUACUCCGCCUGGAACGCCAUUGUUUCCCUCUUUGGAGAAGGAUGCACAGAAAACUAUUAUGAGUCAGAAUGGGAUUUAUAAUGCCCGUCAAACUGUGCUAAAAUCAAGGCUUGAGAAUCUCCCUCAUGAACCUGCUUCAAGAACUACUCUAGCACUUAAACAUCCAACUUUGGCAACUGGACAGAACUCUUCCAUUGCCAGUAAUAGGAGCACCAGUAAUCGAAGGCCAUCAUCUUCAGGGGCACCAAGAUCUGCUAGUAGACCUUCAACGCCAACCAGCAGGCCCACUUUACCUAUAGUAGCAACCAAGCCUUCAAGAUCAUCAACGCCUACUUCGCGAGCCACUUUGCCUUCUACAAAGCCUGCUGCUUCUUCAGCAAGAUCCUCAACUCCUACAAGAUCCACCGUGCGUUCUUCAACACCAACUGCCAGACCCUCUGUUCCAACUUCCAAGUCAACAUCAAGACCAGCUACACCAACGCGCCGCCCAGCUACACCAACGCGUCGACCGACUACAUCCAGUGCACCUUGUGCAGCUGCACAUCCUGAUCAAUCUUCCUCAUUGACAAAGUCAGGUCCUGCUCCAUUGAAAAAUCCUGUGCCAUCACGAGGCACAUCUCCAACAGUGAGGUCUAGGCCUUGGAAACCUUCUGAGAUGCCUGGCUUUUCACUAGACACACCACCAAAUUUAAGAACAUCUUUGCCUGAAAGGCCAGCUUCAGCCUCCCGUGGCAGGCCAGGAGCACCUAGUCUUAGAUCAUCUUCUGUUGAGGCUAGUUCUAAUGGAAGACCAAGACGACAAUCCUGUUCACCUUCUAGGUCUCGGACAUCAAGUGGCAGUGCCCAUGGUAAUGGCAGUUCCAUUCGUCCUGGACGGAGAGCAGCUUCAAACAAUAGUGAUAAUGAGAGUCCAGUAGUAAUUGGAACAAAAAUGGUUGAGCGAGUGGUAAACAUGAGGAAACUGGCACCUCCAAAGCAGGAUUAUGACCUGUCUAACAGUAAGAAUCCUGCUGGGAAGUUGUCUUCUUCCAUGGACAGCUCAGGCUUCGGGAGAACACUCUCAAAGAAAUCUCUAGAUAUGGCUUUGAGACAUAUGGACAUCAGAAGGAGCAUUUCAGGUAAUCAACGCCCGCUUGUGACAAACGUUCCAGCUUCCUCAAUAUACAGUGUAAGAUCAGGAUCCACAAAGAGCAGGUCCGUCAGUGUUUCAGAUUCUCCUAUUGCAACGAGCAGCAAUUGCUCUGAGCCAAGUGUGAACAAUAAUUACACUUCCUUGGAUGGUUGUGAGAUGGAAGACCUUGAUGUUGGCACCGAGAGGAGAAACACUUAGUCAGCAUGCUAGCUGACCCAAGAGACCACCUUCUGAUAAUUUGAAUGCGGAGCUAAUUAUCAGCCGAAGCUCAGUCCAUCAACCAGCCGGAUUAAGAAACAAGCCGUUUCAUGAAGAUUAUGGACCUGUGAUUUCUGUAAACUGCUAGUGCUUAUAGCUAACUUAAGUAAUAUAACCCUUUUUUCUGGUUAUCAAGGAAGUCUCAUGUUAUGAGAGCUAUGAAUGAGAAUCUGUACUGGAUGAACUGUGAUUCCUGGGAAUGGAAAGUCUCUGGCUGCCAUACUUUGCUGUGGAUAUCAGAAACUAUAGA